AUGGAUUUCAAGCUCCUCGCAGAGUACGUCCCGUACAAGAACGCAAGCACGGCCAACGCCUGCUGGCGCAGCCUGAUGAAGAAGCUCGCGACCUUCGAAGGUGCCGACCCGACUGCUCCAUCUGCGGAGAAAUCCAAUGGCGCGCAAAAGAAUGGUGGAGGUGGUGAUGAUGGCGAAGUGCCUGGCCCAAACAGCAAGAAGAAGAAUGAGGUGGAGGUAAAGGAGGAGGAGGAUACGUUUUCUGUGGCAGCUGUCAAAGAUAGUUGGGAGGAGGAUGAAGAUGAUUUGGAUGCUGAGGUUAAGGAGGAGGCGGCCUGA